UUCAGAGACCUCCUGUAGAGACGUCCUCCACAGACCUCCUGUAGAGACGUCCUCCACAGACCUCCUGUAGAGACCUCCUCCACGGACCUCAUCCACAGACCUCCUGUAGAGACCUCCUCCACAGACCUCCUCUCGAGUCUUUACGCGCGGCGGACGGAUGGAAGCGGCGCGCCCAGAGCCACGGCUCCUCCUCCUCCACCUCCUCCUCCUGCUGGGCUCCUCCGUGUCCCCCUCGGCGGCCUGGGACCUGGUUCUCCUGCACACCAACGACGUGCACGCCCGGGUGGAGCAGACCGACGUGAACUGUCUUCCACUCUGUCGCGACGGCGCGUGUUUCGGCGGCGUCGCGCGCAGAGCCUCCGCGAUCCGGAUGGUGCGCGAGAAGGAGAGCCACGUGGUGCUGCUGGACGCGGGGGACCAGUUCCAGGGCAGCGUGUGGUUCAACUACUACAAGGGGGCCGAGGCGGCUCACUUCAUGAACAAGCUGCGCUACGACGCCAUGGUGUUUGGGAACCACGAGUUUGACAACGGGGUGGGGGGCCUCAUGGCGCCCUUCAUGGAGCAGAUCAAGUGCCCCCUCCUCAGCGCCAACAUCAACGCAACCGGCGCUCUGGCCUCCACCUUCGGCACCUCCUUCCUACCCUACAAGAUCCUGACUGUGGGGGGGGAGAAGGUGGGCGUGGUGGGGUACACGUCUACGGAAACGCCCCACCUCUCCCAACCGGGACCUGACGUGCUCUUCGAGGACGAGGUGAAGGCUCUGCAGCGUCAGGUGGACAAGCUGCUCACGCUGGGAGUCCAGAAGAUCGUCGCUCUGGGACACUCGGGCUUCGUGGUGGACCAGAAGGUGGCCCGCGAGGUCCGGGGGGUGGACGUGGUGAUCGGGGGGCACAGCAACACCUUCCUGUACACCGGCCCCGCCCCCUCCUCCGAGGUCCCUGCAGGUCCUUACCCCUUCAUGGUGAAGUCGGUCGACGGCCGGCAGGUCCCCGUGGUGCAGGCCUACGCCUUCGGGAAGUACCUGGGCUACCUGAAGGUGACCUUCGACGAGGAGGGGAACGUCCUGAAGUCCACGGGGAAGCCCGUCCUGCUGGACAGCAGCGUCCCGCAGGACCCAGAUGUUCUGGCCGACGUGCAGAAGUGGAAGGAGAACCUGGCCAGCUACUCGGCCGAGGUGUUGGGAAGCACGCUGGUCUUCCUCAACGGCUCCGACAAGGAGUGUCGCUUUCGGGAAUGCAACCUGGGGAACCUGAUCUGUGACGCCAUGAUGGACAGCAGCCUCGGGGGGUCCAGCAGGCUCCAGUGGAACCAGGUCAGCGGCAGCAUCUUCAACGGAGGAGGCAUCCGCACGUCCAUCGACGAGCGCACCAGCAACGGUCAGAUCACAGUGAACGACCUGAUCUCCGUGCUGCCCUUCGGAGGAACCUUCGACCUGGUGAAGCUGAAGGGCUCCACGCUGCUCCGAGCCUUCGAGCACUCGGUGAAGCGCUACGGAGGAAACACUGGGGAGUUCCUGCAGGUCUCAGGAAUGCGCGUGGAGUUGGACCUCGCCCUCCCGGCGGGGGGCCGCGUGAGGAGCCUCGCCGCGCUCUGCACCGAGUGUCGGGUCCCUCGGUACCGGCCCGUCCGGCCGGAGCAGAUCUACACGGUGGUGCUGCCGUCCUACAUGGUGAAGGGCGGAGACGGCUUCUCCAUGAUCGCCGAGGAGAUGCUGAAGCACGACAGCGGGAGUUUGGACCUUUCGGUCGUUUCCAACUACAUCAAGCAGAAAAAAAAGGUUUAUCCCGCCGUCGAGGGACGCAUCAAAAUCUACAACUCGGCCCCCGGACCGACCGCCCCGCUGGUUCCACUGGUUCUGCUGGUUCUGUUGGUGCUGCUGUGGACCAUGUGAAGCAGGAGGAACCUACAUCUGCUCCUUUAAAUCAAUGUUAGUUCUUUUCAGCAGGUGAGUCCGACUCGCACCAAACCAGAGGAAAGGAUUCAUGUGAAGGUGUUUUUAACCACGGUAACCACGGUGAUGUAACUCCUCCUCCUGAUGAUGUCAUGGAGCCCCCCCCCUCCGUCCGCAUGUCAAUGAACUCGUUGGUAGUCAAACGCCGCGCUGGGUUGCCAUGGAAACCGUUCUCCAUCACAGGACAACGACGGCUUUGAUUCACUAUUUGAAGGAAACCUUUUGAAGGAACUUUCAUUACAACAAAGUACUUUGUAUUUAAAGGAAUUUAAAUGCCGUUUUUAUGGCAUAAAGCACUUA